AUGGAGGCGCGCGGGGAGCUGGGCCCGGCCCGGGAGUCGGCGGGAGGCGACCUGCUGCUAGCGCUGCUGGCGCGGAGGGCGGACCUGCGCCGAGAGAUCCCGCUGUGCGCUGGCUGUGACCAGCACAUCCUGGACCGCUUCAUCCUCAAGGCUCUGGACCGCCACUGGCAUAGCAAGUGCCUCAAGUGCAGCGACUGCCACACGCCACUGGCCGAGCGCUGCUUCAGCCGAGGGGAGAGCGUUUACUGCAAGGACGACUUUUUCAAGCGCUUCGGGACCAAGUGCGCCGCGUGCCAGCUGGGCAUCCCGCCCACGCAGGUGGUGCGCCGCGCCCAGGACUUCGUGUACCACCUGCACUGCUUUGCCUGCGUCGUGUGCAAGCGGCAGCUGGCCACGGGCGACGAGUUCUACCUCAUGGAGGACAGCCGGCUCGUGUGCAAGGCGGACUACGAAACCGCCAAGCAGCGAGAGGCCGAGGCCACGGCCAAGCGGCCGCGCACGACCAUCACGGCCAAGCAGCUGGAGACGCUGAAGAGCGCCUACAACACUUCGCCCAAGCCGGCGCGCCACGUGCGCGAGCAGCUCUCGUCCGAGACCGGCCUGGACAUGCGCGUGGUGCAGGUUUGGUUCCAGAACCGCCGGGCCAAGGAGAAGAGGCUGAAGAAGGACGCCGGCCGGCAGCGCUGGGGGCAGUAUUUCCGCAACAUGAAGCGCUCCCGCGGCGGCUCCAAGUCGGACAAGGACAGCGUUCAGGAGGGGCAGGACAGCGACGCCGAGGUCUCCUUCCCCGAUGAGCCUUCCUUGGCGGAAAUGGGCCCGGCCAAUGGCCUCUACGGGAGCUUGGGGGAACCCACUCAGGCCUUGGGCCGGCCGUCGGGAGCCCUGGGCAACUUCUCCCUGGAGCAUGGAGGCCUGGCAGGCCCAGAGCAGUACCGAGAUCUGCGUCCUGGCAGCCCCUACGGUGUCCCCCCAUCCCCCGCCGCCCCGCAGAGCCUCCCUGGCCCCCAGCCCCUCCUCUCCAGCCUGGUGUACCCAGACACCAGCUUGGGUCUUGUGCCCCCGGGAGCCCCCGGCGGGCCCCCACCCAUGAGGGUGCUGGCAGGGAACGGACCCAGUUCUGACCUAUCCACGGGGAGCAGCGGGGGUUACCCCGACUUCCCUGCCAGCCCCGCCUCCUGGCUGGAUGAGGUGGACCAUGCUCAGUUCUGACCCAGGCCCGGCUCCACCCUGCACCGGACACGAGGGAGCUGCCCCUGAGUGGGUGGCUCGGGGCUGCUGGAGUUUCCGAGGAAGUGGGGCCAGGGUGUCAAGGGAGGGCUGGUGCCUUCGGAGCCUCCCACUGCCGACCGCACAGCUCCCUCCCUGGGGGCUGAGGGAUCCACCUGGCCCCUUCUCUGACACAGGGCUGGCCCGCCAGGUGGCCUCCCAGCAAGCCGGCCUUUUUUGUAAGCAAAUUUCUCCCCUUUAUUGACCAAUUAACUGAGCACUUGCUGCUAUUUCUAGACAUAAAAUGUCACCUUGCUGAGGCGCAGCCCAGCCCAGCAUAGCCUGAGGGCUGGA